AUGGGGGCAACAGGUUACGGCUACUAUCGCGUGACCAUCUUCUUCUCCAUGUUCAUUGGCUACAUGCUGUACUUCUUCAACAGAAAGACAUUCUCCUUUGUCAUGCCCUCAGUGAUGGAUGAAAUUAAGCUGGACAAAGAUGAUUUGGGUCUGAUCACCAGCAGCCAGACCAUGGCCUAUGCCAUCAGUAAAUUCAUCAGCGGCGUGUUGUCGGACCAGAUUAGUGCCCGCUGGCUUUUCUCCAUCGGCCUCUUCGUGGUGGGAGGCAUCAACGUGGUUUUCUCGCGGUCCGCCACGGUCACCAUGUUCUCACUGCUCUGGUUCGUUAACGGCCUGGGACAAGGUUGUGGAUGGCCACCAUGUGGGAAGGUGCUCCGCAAGUGGUUUGAACCAUCCCAGUUUGGAACAUGGUGGUCUCUGCUGUCCUGCAGCAUGAACCUGGCAGGGAGUCUGGGCCCAAUCCUGGUUACAGUGCUCCUACACUACUAUGACUGGAGAACCAUCCUAACUAUGUCAGGUGUCUUCUGUGCUGCCUUCUCACUUGUGACUCUGGUGUUGGUGAAGAAUGAUCCAAAGGAUGUGGGCCUGCCUGGUGUUGAGUUGGCACCCAAGAAGGGGGCAAUUAGACGCAACAGUGAGAGCACCCUGAGUGAGUUCCUUCUCUCCCCAUUCCUUUGGGUGCUGUCUCUGGGCUACUUGGUGGUGUUUGGGGUGAAGACAGCGGCGACUGACUGGGGCCAGCUUUUCCUCAUGCAAGAGAAAGGCCAGACCGCUCUUAUGGGCAGUACUUACAUGAGUGCCUUGGAGGUGGGUGGCUUUGUGGGCAGCCUUGCAUCUGGUUUAAUCUCUGACAGAGCUGUUGCUCGAUCAGGCCUGGGCACACAUGGCAACCCUCGCCACGGCCUGCUCAUUGCCAUGAUGGCUGGUAUGUACGUGUCCAUGUACCUCUUCAGGGUCACCGUCACACCUGAAAUCCCAAAGGAGGCUCCUCUUUGGGUCCAAGUCAUCCAUCCUGUCUCUGUGCUUCUCGGUGUCUCCGAAAAAGAGAUCUGGAUUCUCUUUCUUGGUGCCAUGUUUGGAUUUUCCUCUUACGGGCCAAUUGCCUUGUUUGGUGUUAUCGCCAGUGAAAGCGCUCCUUCCAAUUUUUGUGGAACCUCGCAUGCUAUUGUAGCUCUGAUGGCUAAUGUGGGGGCUUUUGUGGCUGGACUUCCCUUCAGCACUAUUGCCAAACAACAUAGCUGGGACAUGGCAUUCUGGGUAGCUGAGGUCAUAAUGGCUGUCACCACGGUUUUGUUCUUCUUCAUACGCAAUAUGCGCACUAAGAUGGGAAGAAGAGAAAAAAUUGACUGAUCUGUGCUCUUCUGAAAAGUGACUCUGGUGUUAAAGGUGUUGCAUAAAUAAUUCUAAUGAAAAUUAUUACCAAACAAGUCCAGUAUCCAAAAGACACUAAUUUAGUCAUUGAUACUCAGGGACGGAUUACCAAAUUCUCUGUGAGGUUUACACACUACAGUAUAUGGAAAAAAGUACCCCCCCCCCCCACCCACACACACAGUUCUUAAUUGAUUAAUUAAUCAAUUGGGGACCACAUAUCAUAAUUCCCACUGAAUCUGAAUUCUUGAUCUUUCAGGACAUUUUGGAUGAUUCUAUAGUUCCAACUCUGUGUGGACUGACUUCCAUCCCAAUCACUUACAACAGUGCUCCCUCUUGUUGAACGCCAUUGCAAAUAUUCAUCUGGAUGCAUGGACAACAAUGUCCAAAGACAAAUUCCAAAGUCAUGUAGAAAGUCUUCGCAGGAAAAAAAUGGAGGCUUAUUAUAUAUUUAUGAAAGCAGUCAUUUAAAAGGCCAAAUGAUAGCUGCAUGCUGAAAACAAUGGAGGAAGUUAUUGGUGCAGGCCUGGAUGUUAGUAGUGAAUUUACAUAUACUGAAUGUUUUCUCAUGGGUGUUUUUGUAUAGUCUAGAAUCUAAACUGCCUAUCGAUGUGUUUGCACAUAUCUGGUAGCAUCAAUAAUUUUCAUCAUUGAUCAGAGAUAAGGUGUCGUAGAACUAAUUAUUUGUACGCACACUGUUGUUCACAGAUCACAUGAUACAGAGCAAUAUUUUGAUGCAUUUUAAAAAGUUGACUAUCAAUUCUUUCGGUACUAUUUCAAUUUGUCUUUCUCAACCUGUGUCUCAUGGGCACCUCAAAUUCAAAAUACUAUUUUCUAGGCUUAAGGCCCCUGUCAGUCAUGGGUCUCAUCAUCAAUUUUCUCCCACUUAGAGCAGUGUGUUUUGUCAACUAAUAAUGGGAACAGACUAAGUGCCAAUAGGGAAUAGCUUUAAUGUACUGUAAUGUAAUUUUACAUUUGAUGCCUAAUAAAUGUAAAUUAUGGGUGGUUUGAAACACUGAUUUUGUUCAGCUGUUUAUUGUACAAUGAACACAGUGUGCCUGGAUAUUUAUUGCCGAUGGAAUGGGUGAAAAUGAUAUCUUUAGGUUUUGUACAUAGAAGUGAUCAUUGCGUUGUCACAUUUCACUAGUUUUCCAACCUUUAUUGAGCCAAGGCACUCCUUUCACAUGAGAAAAAUCUCAUGGCACUAAACAAAAAUGUCACAAAAAGUAUGAAUACGAAAAUGAUGAGCUCAUCUCAAUUUACAAACAAAUGUACUUACUGUGAAUUCUGGGAUUGUUCAAUUGAACACAUAGCAGAUACACUUUGCAAGAAGCUAAUGCUGUUGUUUGAAUGGCAAAAGAGAAGGUACAUAAACCUUAUUGUACCUUCUUCCAAAUAACGGAAGAGCAUUUAAUUGAUCUGCUGGUCUCUUUUCAUUGCUGGCGUGCAGAGCUGAUCAAAGGUAUAUUUGCAAUUAAAAAUAGUUUUCCAAAUGAA